CAAACCCGGCUAUGGGCGCAUCUAGCAGCCGGGAUGUUGAAACAUCAAGGACUACUGAAGGAGGGGAAAAUGUCAGAAUCAAGUAUGCAGCAGCAUCUAUGCAAGGUUUUGGUAUAGAAAUGGAAGAUGCUCACACAGUUGUCCCAGAUCUAGAUCAUACCACAUCUUUCUUUGGUCUUUAUGAUGGCCAUGGAGGAGAUGAAGUAGCACUGCUUUGUGCGAGACUGUUUCAUGUUGAGCUCCAGGUCCAUCCAAACUAUCAGAGCGAUCUAGAUAAUGCAAUCAGGAGUGUGUUUUCCAGAAUGGAUGAGGUGUUGCAACAAUCAAAUGUAUGGAGAGAAUUAGUUAAUCCUCCUGGUGGUAGUGGCAAUUUUCUACACCGUAUCAUAUGUCCUAUUGCUAACCCUUGGUACUGCAAAACGGAAACUCCUUAUAUACCACCACAGAAUACAGGAAGCUCAGCAAGUGUAGCUGUCAUUAGAGGCAACCGGGUCAUUGUUGGAAAUGUUGGAGAUUCUCAUUGCGUAGCCUCAAGGGAUGGCCAGGCAAUUCAAUUAUCCACUGAUCACAAACCACGCCAUCGGUGUGAAAUACGGAGAAUACAAAGAGCAGGAGGAAAGAUAGACAUUGAUCAGCAUGUUGUGAGAGAAGCAGGACGAGUGAUUGGCUUCACUGUCUUUAGAGGAAUGCUAGCCACCUCCAGGGCAAUUGGUGAUUUUGUAUUCAAGCAGAACAAGAGUUUGCCUCCUGAAGAACAAAUUGUGAUAUGCAACCCAGACAUUCGCAAUAUGGAGAUAACCAAUGAUAUCGAGUUUCUUGUCAUAGCAAGUCGUGGUAUAUGGGCAUCUUUGACAUGUCAGGAUGUUGUUGAUUUUGUACGCGAGGAGUUUGAAUACGGAGUGACUGACCUGCGCGUCAUCUGCGAGAGGCUCUUGCGCUACGCCCAGCCGACGGUUUUCGACAUGACCGUCAUACUGAUCCAGUUCAAGCACGACGCCCCUGAUGACGCCGAGGAGACCGAGGAGGACAACGACAACCAGGAGAUCAAGUCUGAUGCCAGCGACGGCCAGGAGAUCAAGCUUGCAGCCAGCGACGAGGAGCAGCGGCCCUUCGCUCCGAACGGCUAGACAAUACCAAGAGCGCUUGAGAUCGUGAGAAGUAAGCAGAGAGCAUAAAACCAACGGUAUUAGCCGAACUACGGCAGAGUUUUCAUUUGGGUCCUGAGAAGGGGGAAUAAAAGCUCUCCUGGGAUUUUGCAGGUUUUCUAGACAGUGCUGGUUACUUUUUUACCCUGGUCAAAGACAGCGAGGGUAGAUGAUAUAUCCGUUGGUUUUAUGCUACUGCGUAGUAGGAUGAUAACAUUUUAGUGCCCUUUCUCUCUUAUUACUCGAGUCGAGUAGUGUCUUCUGCCGUGCUGUGGGUACGUUCCAGAGCAGAUUUUGCUUGAUAAUCUGAAUUCUGAGGUUGGAUCUUGAA